AUGACCUUCAGUACAACAAUAAUCAAAGAAUAUCUGGGUUUAAGGAAAACGAAGAAACUCAACGAAAAAUUGGAACCGGUAUUCAACGGGAAAGCGCAGAUGACGCAGAAUCCUUAUAAAACAUAUCAUUCACUGUUACGUGAUGACUUUUCUUAUGCUAACGACGGAAGCAUUGCGACAUUUGCGCAAGCGAUUGAUGAUAAAACUGAUGAGAAUGGUGAAGACAAGGUAGGAUCCAUAAGACUUGAAAAAACAUUAAUUGAAGAAAUCGAACAACCGGAGCCAAUUAAAUCAAAUGCUGAUACCAUAGCAGUGGCAGAUAGAAGUUGGUUGGAAACAACUUUUGAUGAAACGAGCCGAGUUGUUCGGAAUAUAUUGGAACGAGAGAACGGAUUUUCACAAUCAGAUCAUAGCUCUAAAUUGAGUCCAAAAUUAGCUACCUAUAGAUUCGGAAACUUGGCAUCAAGUCAUAUCAUAGAUUAUUCCGCAUUCUUGACAAAAUCCCCUUCGGUGGAAACAAGUACAGUAGUCCCUGAUUUCGAAGCUAUUUUUAGUUCUUCCAAACAAAUUCCUUCUACUACAACAAUUUCUACUAUUGACAUGGAAAUAUUGUCAAAAGAAACUUUAGCUAUGACAAGAAGUCAACAAAGUUCUGGACCAACAAUUAAUUCUGGCCUCGAAACAUUAUAUGAAGGCAAAUAUUCCGGAACAUCAAGCACACAAAUCGUCGACUUUUCUUCUAACACCGAUAUGAUCCCAAAGAAUGAAACGGAUUUUCAGGAAACGGUGAUUUUUCCAACCACUGAUCGUACUAUCAUUUCUGAGAAUAUUUUACCUUUCGAACAACUACCAACCUUUACAGUUUCUUUACCAGAAGUAACACCGAAAUUGAUAAUUUUUCCCAACAAAAAAGACUUUGAUACAGCUCACGUUGGAAUAAAACUGUCACCGGUAUUUGAUGAAACCGAUAGAUCGUCAGAAAAGAAAACCAUAAUGCUCAGUUCUGCUAUGACAUUGAUGGAGAAUGUUACUGAAGCAAAAAUCAAUUCUGAAAAUCGAACAUUAUAUUUUGGUCCCAAAUAUCCGGUUGAUUCAAUCGUGGUAGGUGAUCGAGAGAUUUUGGAUGAGGAAAAGUUACAAACGGAAGCUUCAUCGGUUCUCAUAAUGCCCCAUAUUGCAGUUGGAGAGCAGAUCAGUGGAAUGCAAGAAACCCAUCCUUCAGAUUCUUCAGAAAGUGCCGAAAAACAAUUAAUGAUUACUUCACUACGAAGGCAAGACAACAGCACUACCGAAAGUACCUUAUCUUCUCCGGUAUUUCUGAUGGAAUCAGCUAAAACAAUAGAGCAAACACAACUUAACGAGUUUUCUCAUUCCGGAUUUAGUUCGAGAGAUGAAAUAAUUCUACCUGAUCAUGUCAAUCGAGAGGAGAAAAUUGCUUCUUCAGACAUAUUCAUUAUUCCUGAACAAGAUUCUGGAAGUUUCGAAUCAGAUUACAUAGAAUCGAUUGAUGCAAUUCCGAAUAUAGAUGCACCAUUUGCUGAAUCUGGGACAGAACAAGGGACAAGUGGAAUUCUGAAAUCUGAAUUUAUGGAACCAAGACUAAUAAAUAACGAAGCGAACAAAUCAGGAAGAAGUGAGAAUCGAAAGACAAAAUCCGACUUUAGAGUUUCGCAAACAAAAUUGCCAUCAGCAGCGAUACGAGAUACAAGCGUAAUAAAGGUUAACGAAUCGAUCUACUGCGACAUCGUUGCUAUCAAUGAAGAUAAAUGUCCGAUAGUAAAUGAUAAAUCUGAUCAAACACAAUCCGACAUACUAUUCUUAAUAGAUGCUUCUAAUAAUAUCACAAGAAAGCAUUUUCAACAAGCAGUAAAACUCGUCAUGGAUACCGUUGAACAAUUUAAAAACAUUGGUCCUGACGGUGUACAGAUUUCAUUGGUACAGUUUACACGAGAAGUUGUGUUGGAAUUUUCAUUUCGUAAACAUAACUGUAAACCUUGCCUUCUUGCUGAUAUUGGUGAUACUGAAUAUAUCAAUGAUUUGAACAGUACUGAUAAUGUUAUUCACAAGGUUGUAAAAUAUGGUUUUAGCAAGCAAAGAGGUGAUAGGGAUGAAGUGCCGAACAUACUUGUAGUGGUUAGCAGCGGUAUAUCUGAUGGUCAGUUUCAUGAAGCGUUAAAGUUACUUAAUUCAAACGAUAUAACUGUAAUAGUAAUAUCCAUCGAGGAGACAAAUCCUCAAUUGAUAAAAGAACUUAUCAAAGAUGAAGGACAUCAUAAUCUCUUCUUCAAUGUAACUAAAGUGGACAGCCAUCAGCUAGUUGGUCAUUUGGUCGAGCACAUUCGAACCAUUGCAAGAGAAAAAUCGCCAUUGUUCAAGAAGAUGAUAGCAGUUAAAACGGAUGAAUCAAUUCAGGGAUUUACUGCGCAAUGUUUAAAUGAUGGAUUCAAUGCAACAUUUAAAUUUUUGAAAUCAUUUGGUGGAACAAUCAUUGUUCAGAGCAAAAAUAUGAUGAAAAAUUGUUCGAAAGUUAUUCAAGCGGAACGAUUCGGUGAAUAUGUCGGAACUCGUGAUGUUCACUUCUUUAUCAGUUUUAAACAGUGUGGUGUCGAAGAAACAGUAUCGGUGAACCGAACAGGAGUAAUUUAUUCGGCAUUGAUUGGUGUAAUACAUGACAAAUGGUUGGUAACAGAUGCAGAUGAGGGAUUUGUUUUGCAAUGUUAUCAAUCUCAACAAUCACAAGAAUACAAUUUGCGCACUAAUUUACGUCCACAAAGUAGUAUUAAAAUGGCAAAAAUAUUACCAUUGAAUUCAAUACCACCAUUAUGUAAUUAUACGAUUCGAGCAGGUACACUAAAUGGACCUCUUAUUCAAUCUGCUAAACUUGGUGACAAUGUUUAUCACAAAUGGGAAUGUGAAGAUGAUCAUCAAGCAUUGAAUUUGUAUGGAAUUUAUAUUCAUGAUUGCUAUGCUAAAUCAGAAGAGACCAAACAACAACAUGCCAUUAUUGAUAGCAAAGGUUGUAGUGCAGAUGCAAAUAUUGUUAACAAUGUGAUUUAUGCCAAUAACAAGCUUCUGGCAUUUGCGCAUAUCAAAGUUUUUAAACUUAUCAAUUCGGAACAUUUAUCAUUUCAUUGCAAGCUUAGUUUAUGCAUCAGAAAAGCGGAUGGUUGUGAAGGAAUUACACCACCUCGAUGUCCAGGUAUUGGUCAUAAAGAUUUCUUAAUUUAUCAUCAAAAUCAUUACAAUACAGAAUCUUUUUUGGCUCCGUUAACUGUUGAGGAAGAAGUCAAACUUACUAUUAUUUCAUCGAUGAAUAUCAUCACUGAUUCAGCUUUUUCUCUUCAAACUGUUAAAGAGCUUACAAAUACGAAUCUCUUUUGGUUGAUGAUUAUCCUGAUUGCCUUAUCAGUUAUUAUCAUUUUGAUACUUUUUAGAUAUAUCACUAAAAUGAAUGAUAUGAAUGAAUUUAUAACAUCGAAAAAUUUGAAAAGAUAUGAUGAAACCAAUGAUAACAUUGAUUAUAUUACACCUGCAACAUCCAUAAACAUUGAUAAUUUUUCUCCGAUCGAAAAAAAACUGCAAGAACGAAAGAAUGGAUACUGUAGCAAAUGCUUGAAAGGAGUAUUGUCUGGAGAAGAUACAAAUAGAAAAAUGAAAACUGAAAUCGUUUCUGUAAGUUUGAAUUCCAUUUACGAUGGUAUUAGACCGAUUGCCAAAUACGACUCAUUAUACGGUACUGUAUCAGCAACGGAAUCUGUUUAUGUUCAACUUGAUCGACGUGAUGGAUCCUCUUGGUCAUUUUGA